GCCCCCUGCACAGAACGUUUUCAGAAGCUAGCUUGCACGCGGGCUUGCCCAGGGGCUGCUGCGCUGCUGCUUUCGCAGCCCUGGGACUUGCAUCAAGCACGCUCAACUUCAAGGAAAGGCGUCCAGUGCCAGUGGUAGUGAAAAUCAGAUCUCACUUGAGUCCUCUGACCUUUAGUUUGUUAUUGGAAGAAGCGCAGGACAUCUGUCAGUAUCCAAGUUUCUUUGGGCCGGAGUCCAGACAUUUGAGGGUUGCUCUUUUUGAGGGCGGGCUUGGUGGGAGCAUGGGCAUCACCAAGGCAGAUACCGUCAAGCUGAUCAGUGCAGAGGGGUUCGAGUUUGUAAUACACAAGGAGGCGGCCAUGAUUUCAAACACUCUCAAGAAUAUGCUCAGCUCCUCAGGGGGCUUCCAAGAGACGGAACUUGGGGAAGUGCGAUUUCCUGAAAUUAGUACACCAAUCCUGGAAAAGCUUUGUCAAUUCUUCUACUACAAGCUACGGUACACGAAUAGCGCCGCGGUGAAGAAUGUUCCAGAAUUUAAAAUCGAGCCAGAGAUUGCUAUUGAGCUAUUGAUGGCAUCCAAUUUCUUAGAUUGCUAACCUGAUCGGAAGGCAAAACGAGAUGGUACAUACUUCUAUUGGUUACAAUACGUAAGGCUUACCUUACAGCAUAGUCGAAGAAACCUUGCCUGCACAGCCACGAGCUGCAUGCUCUAAUCCAGCAUCAUGGCAGUGCGAUAGGAAGUUAGCCUAUAAGUUAAACCCGCUCGUUGGAACCAGGACGGGAGGACUACCGUUCUACUAGACUCCCCAAUCCGUCCGAGUUUCUGGCUACCAUGAUUCACGGCGAUAGACCCGAUGUCAACGACCCGGCGUCAUAGUCCGCCGAUGUUAAUCGAUCCCCAGGCUUUCUGCCUUGAGCCUCAAGCUCCGAUCGGAGUUUGCAGCGCUACGUCCA